CUUGACGUGGCAUCAAUAACAAAGAUGGCGGAAACGGUUUAAGCUUCUGAAGGUUUGUCUGGAGAUAUUUCCGAGUUUGGAAUGAUUUUAUUUAGUCUAUAAGCGCAGUAUUUGUUGUAUGCAUUGUUUAGGCUGCGUUGUUUGGAGUAUUUUAUGUGUGAAGCUGAAAAAUGAGCGCGUGGGCCGGUUUUUCUGAAGAGGAGUUACGGAGGAUGCAGCAGAAAGACUCCGCUGGUUCCGCAGCGGCAGCCCGCGGACGGAAACCGGUUCCAGCCACCCGGAGUCGGCAGCAGAUCCAACGGGAGAAGGCUCUUCAGUUAGCGGCUCAGAAGAACGCUGGAGCCGCGUCUCUCUGCCUCCCGCCGGGGCAACAACUCACCAAACCGCCGCCGCCGCCGGAGGACGAGCCGAAGCCCGCGGCUCCUCCGGCAGAAGCUCCGGCUGUCAAACAGGAGGAGCAGCGGAGACCCACCGGCAUGAAGCCGGCUCCGGAGAAGGAAACCCCGGUCGUCAAAGAGCUGGAGAAACAAGAGGUGGCACUACGGGAACAGACGCGUCUGGAGCUCCUGCAGCAAGAGCAGAAGACGAUGGAAGAGAAGAACAAGCGAAAGAAAGCUCUGCUGACGAAGACCAUCGCCGAGAAGUCCAAACAGACGCAGGCGGAGGCUGUGAAGCUGAAGAGGAUCCAGAAGGAGCUCCAGGCCCUCGAUGACAUGGUGUCCAGUGAUAUCGGCAUCCUGAGAGCCAAGAUCGAACAAGCCAGCUGGGAGUACUCCGCUGCCAGGAAGCGCUACGAGAAGGCGGAGGCAGAGUACGUGACGUCCAAGCUGGACCUGCACAAGAAGACGGAGGCGAAGGAGCAGCUGACGGAGCACCUGUGCGCCAUCAUCCAGCAGAACGAGCUGCGCAAAGCCCUCAAGCUGGAGGAGCUGAUGCAGCAGCUGCAGCUCCACGCCACCACCACCACCACCGAAGAAGAGAGGGGCGGCGGUGCCGAGACGCGGAGAACCGGCCCGGCGGAGGGUGGUGGUGGUGGUGGGGGGACGGAGCGAUCGGCCAACGACUGUAGACCCACAGAGGAGGAGAUGAAGGGCGGGGGCGUCCUGCGGGAGGACCUCCACCCGAGGACCGAACCACCGAAGACUGAAGAGAACUACAAAAUUGUAGAAAAUGGAGUCCAGAGUGAAAUCGCGGCCUCCUGAUGCUCAGAAAACCAGAUUUGAGGAUCUGAACAUGAUCUAUGUCACUCAUGUCGUACUCUGGGUCCUUAUGAACGCUAACGCUAACGCUAAUGUUUCCGCUAAUGCUGUUGGCUAGGUGAAGCGGUAGCAUCCAGGGCUAGGUGUCCAACAUCUAUACUUUUCUUAGUU